AUGGAUGAAAAAGUUUGUAUAUCAAGAGAAGGGGAAAUAUAUAAAACAUGUAUCAGUGACAAUUAUACUUAUAUAAAUAAUAAUAAUGUAAAUAAGAAUUCUAAAAGUUAUAAUAUGAAAAAUAUAAAUAUAUCUAAUCAAAAGAAAGAAAAAGUAUCAUUUAAUUUAAACAAUACUGAAUCAAUUGAUAAAAAUGAAUGCGAAUUAAUUAACAAAAGAAAGAAUGCCGUUAACAAUAAACUAAAAAUUGAUAUAGAUAUAGAUAUAGAUAUAGAUAUGGAUACAUAUGCAAAUAGAUUUAUGAAUAAGAAAAAAAGAGAGAAUGUUAAUAUAGAAGAAAUGAAUAGUAAUAGAGAAAAAGAUGUGUUUACUACUGAUAAUGAUAAAACAUAUGAAAAGAAUAAAAGUAGUGAAGAUGAUUAUAUUGUAGCUAAUGAAUCUGAUCAUAAUUCUAUUAAAAAUAAUAAUAUAUUAAAUGGUAAUAACAAUAAUGAUAAUAUUAAUGUUUUAAAUGAUAGUAUUUUAUAUAACAGUAUUAAUAAUGAUAUUAAUAAGACUGAAAAUUAUGUGAGUAGAAAUAAUAUGAUGAUAAAUAAUAUAAAAGAUAUGAAGAUGAAAAUGCUUCAGAACUAUUUAAUAGAAAAUGAUAUAAUUAAAAAUAGAACAAAUAUAUAUGAUUCUUAUAACUUUAAUUAUAACAGUUUUAAGCUAAUGAAUGAAGACAGUAGUAGUGAUGACUCUAAUUAUGAACGUUUCGAUAAUGAAAACAACUUUAUAGAAAAUUUUAAUUUCUUAAAUAUAUCUAAAGUAAAUAUAGAUAAAGCAUAUGAAAUUAUAAACAUGUAUUUACCAUGUAUUGAUAAAAAUAGAAAAGGAAAAAAAAAAAAAAAUAGAAAUAUAUAUACAAAUCAUGAUGAGAUACUAUAUAGUAUGUCUAACUUAAAAUUAACGGGUACUUCAAUAAUAUUAACAAAUGAAAAUUCAAAAUUUAUUUAUAAAGUAAUUCCGUUUUUUAAAAACGGAGAAGCAAAUUUUUAUAUUAAUGCUUUUACUUCAUUUAAUUAUAUAUACAAAAAUCAUAAAAAGAUAAAAGACAAUGAUAAUGCAUAUAUGAACUCUGAAAAAGGAAAACAAAAGAAUAAUUUGAGUUUUUACAAUAAAAUACAUGAAGUAUGUGAUAAUUUCCAAAAGAUAAGUCAAAAUAUAAUAAAAAAAAAUUCGAAUAUAUUAGAUUAUUAUAAAGGAGUUAAACAUUUGAACAAUUCAGCUUUAAGCAGUUCAGAUUUAGUAAGUUAUGACGGAAUUAUAACUAGUGAUGAUACUGCAGAAAAUAUGGUAGAAGAAAAUAAUUAUAAUAUAAAAAGUCAUUCAUUAGAUAAUUUAAGUGAUCAUAAUUCAAAUUAUAAAGAAAAAGAUUCUCUCAAUUCAUAUUUUUCCAAAAAAUUAACGAGUGAUUUCUUUAGAUUAGAAAAUAUUCUUAAAAAAGGUUCUAAUUUUUAUAAUACUUUUGAAUACGCAAAAACAAGCAUAAAAUCAAAAUUAGUAAAUAAAAAAAACUCUCUAUAUAGUGAACAUAUAGAAAUUAAUGAUCAUAAAAUAAUGAAAAAACAAAAUAGUGAAUUAAAUAAUAAAGAACAAGAGAUAGUAAAAUUAAAUUGUAAUAAAAAUUUAAAUGAUGAAAUAAAUGAGAACAUAAAUGUAAAUUCAAAGGAAAAUUCUUGUGAAAGUAUAAAUUCUAAUUUCGUUUAUAAUGAAAUUAAUUAUAAAAAUUUUGUAAAAAAUAUUGCAAAUGAAAAUGAUAAAAUAUUCGAUGUAAAUCUAUUUAAAGAAUCAAAUAAAAAAAUAGAUAAUUUAUAUCAAAAAGAUAUAAAUUUAGAAAAAAAAAAAAAUAAUCAGCAUAAUUCAUAUAGAGAAAACUUUUGCGAAUAUAAGGAAUAUUUACAUGUGGAUAACAAAUUAUCAAAGAUAAUUGAAAAUGAUAAUAUAUUAAAUGAAAAAUAUAUUUUAUCCUUUCUAGUUAAGCAUAAGUUAAUUCCGAAAUGUUAUGAUAUUGUACCUGUUUAUAAAUGCACAAAAAGUGAGAAAGAAGAAAAAAAGAAAGUAGAAAUUUCAAAAAGUACUUUCAAGGAAAAUAUAAAAAGAAUAUUAGGUAAUAAUGAAAAUAAUAAAGAGCUAAAUCAUUAUGAAAAAUUUUAUGAUACUAAUCUAGAUAAUAAAAAAAACAAGAUAAAUGAUGAGAAAAAUUUAAGUGAAGGAAUAAAAAGUGAAAACAAGAAUAUAUUAAAUAAGGAAAGUUUAAAUCAAGAUUUAAAUAAUGAAAAUAAUAUAAAUGAAAAACAAGACAGCAAAUUUUUUGGUAAUGAAACAAAAUUGAAUGAAAAUCAUAAAAAUAAAUGUAAAUCAGAAAAGGAAUCAAAAAAUAAAGGAGAGGAACAAUGGAAAGUAGGAAAUUAUAGUAAUUUAGUAAAUGAAAAUAUUGAUAAUGUUCACUUAGCGUUAAAAUUAAAGAAGGUUUGUAAUAAAGUAAGGUAUUUUGAUCAGCAUAUACUAGAUUUAAAAUUAGGCUAUAAUACAUUAAAAGAUAACGAUCUAUCAUUUAAUGAAGAAUUAUUGAAAGCUAGUGAAUUAUUAGAUUGGAAUGAAAAAGAAAAAUACGUAAAAAAAUGGUCAAAAAUGAAGAAAAAAAUAAGAAAUUUUUAUACUAAUACAAGUGAUCAACAUAUUAUUCACAUUUCAUCAAAGGAUUUGGAUUUACCAAGUUAUUUUGAUAAAUAUGAUAGUAAUGAAAUAUAUUGCAUAUUAAAGUCUUGGAAACAAAAUGUUACUUCAUUAAAAACUACUCAGAAAACUUUAGGUUUUCGCAUAUGCUCGUUAAUUUAUUAUAUGAAUUAUGAAAACAUAUUAGAAGAUGAAAAUGUGAAGAGGUUUUAUUCUGAUUUUAUAUUAAAAAAAAAUAUAAUAGAGAGAAAUGAACGAUGUGAAACUGAAAAAUUGAAAACAUAUGCAGAAAAAAAAAAAUUAGAAAUAAAAGAGUGUUAUGAAGAUAUCAACAAAAGAUUGAAAAUAAAUAGAAAACUUGGUUUGAAAUUAAGUGAAGAACAAGUUUUAUACUUCUUAACAAUUUUUUUAAAAAAUGUUGUUUACAUUAUUUUACCGAAAUUAUUAAAUUUAAAGUUAUGGUUAGAAGAACAAUCUUUAUAUUAUUUUUGUUCAACAUCCUUAUUAAUAAUAUAUGAUAAAAAAAAACCCUUUUCUUGUGAUAUUAAAUGGAUUGAUUUUACUUAUUCUUUUGAAAAUUUAAAUUAUUUAAAAAAAAGAAAAAAAGAAAGAAUUAAUUUAGAUAUUCUAUUUGGACUUAAUAAUUUAAUUAAGUUAUGUAAAACUAUAUUUUUUAAUAAUAAUCUACCACCAUCUAUCUCUUAUUUUACAAAUCAGGAAAAUAAACAAGAAUAUAAUAUUUAA